AUGUUUCCCCAGAAUCGUCCAAAUAUUUUUACAUAUUACGAUCCGGAUGUAAUGGAUCGUAGUAUCGAGCGAGUGCUGGUCAGGACGCCAGAGAUUGAAAUCGAUGGAAUACCUGAUGACUCUUCAACGAUCUCGAUCAGCUCGAUGCACCCAUCAUUUUCCUCGCAAUACUCCGUGCCAGCCCCAUCGUACAAUCGGCGGGUCCCGCCACGAUUGCCCUCGCUGCCGAUUGAGAAGCGCAAAACUGUCCGGCUGCAACGUAUGGAACGACCGGCCGGGCGUCCAUCUACAGCCAAAUCGACCACCUCGCGCCAAUCUACAACCGAUUCCCUGCUGAUGCGAUCGGCCGACUCAGUGGAGCUGAACAUGCUCAAGAGCAUCACCAGAUUACGGCUAGGCAGUCGACAGGCGACGCGGUCGUUUGAUGACUCGCUUCGGGAGCACGAGUAUGAGGAUCUAUCUGAUGAGGAGACGCACGAAAAACGACAGCAGAAUCCGGGCAGAGGGACUCAGAGUGCUCAUCCGCACCCCAGGCUCACCAAGCAAAAGGAGCUCGACGGAACGCCGCAAGCGAUACGGAGAAGAGCUCACUCGGCUCAUAGCCAAGGGGGUACGGAUGGCCGGCAUAUUAUCCGAGAAAUGGAGGACCGACUUCAGGGCUUUCGACACGAGAAGACCUCCUCGACCCAGCGAUCUCAGAAAUCCACUGAUUUCUCAUCAGACGCGAUGGCCGGCCUAAUCUACGACGCGGAUUUUGAUUGCUAUUAUAAUCCGGAGGAUGAUACGUAUUAUAGAGUUACCACCGAGCCA